AUGUCCCUACCGUCCGCCUGUCUCCAAGUCCAUGAUAGAGCUCGCUCGAACGAAUUUGAUAGGUUGAAGUCGCGAGGCUCCAGCUCAUCUAUAUCGAUGGGCGAAGAAUUGACGACUUCAAGUAAUAAUAGUGAAUCUGGUACAGAUUAUCAACAUCAACAGCCGAUACGAAAUUCUGGCUUGAAAAUACCAGCUAAGCUUGAAGAAGAUCCCAAGGGUAACAAAUCAGAUGAACCGAAAUUCCUGGAUGAAGGAAAUGCUCUUUUCCAAUACAUAGAUCCACAACCAGCGAACCCGCCUAAAUAUGCAACUAUCAACCCUAAUAGGAGAAUACGGUUUCCGAUCUAUGAAUGCAUUGAGAGAUGCCCGCGAGAUGCAGUUCCUCCAAAAUAUUCGCCCGCAGUGGAUUCCUUUACCGUUAUUUCGAUGAAAGUAGAAUGGUUAUCGCCAUAUGAGGCUUCGCCAUCGAGACAAUGGAAAAACUAUAUUAUGGAGAUUAAUUCCACUCAGUUAAAUUUCUAUCGUAUCGAUGACUCAUUAACAGCAGGAAUCAAGAAUUAUUAUAAUGGUGAUCAAAAGGUGACUAGUAGUCACAGUCAUCAUUCCCAUUUAUUUUCUCUCUCAUCGAGAAGCACUUAUCAGUUCAACAAAGCUGACCAGGAACGAAUUAGCAUGAGUAUCAACAAGAACAGGAAGAAAUAUCUUACAAAUGAUAGAAUCGUCAAAACCUACUCGUUACAGUGUGCUAAACUGGGGAUUCCCACAGACUACACGAAGAAAACAUUUGUUCUACGAAUGCGUUGUGAAUCCGAGCAGUUUUUGCUCAACUUUUCACAUGUCGACGAUAUGAUCAUGUCGACCAUGUAUUUACAAAUGGGUAUUUGUGUGUCACUAGAUCUGGACCUCAGAGAGCUUCCCACUUAUCGAGUAGUGCCGCGUAGGAGAAGGCGUAGGAGAAGAAAAAACAGAGAUGGCUUCUUUUCCGAUAGCCAUAGCAGAUCCAACUCAAUUUCGCGGUUGCACAUCAAUGGGACACCUCCGCCGUCUGGGCAUGGACGAGUGAAGACCCCGAAGGAAGAGCAUUCAGCGGAAAAAAUGAAGACUACUAGAAGUCUGACCUCAUGCAUUUUGAACAUGCAUAGCAGAUCCCCAUCAGCUGGGCGCGAAUCUAAAACGCGCACUAGGUCCACUCCAUCAAGUAGGAAGGGCUCGGUGACAGAGGAGACUACCGGUUCUCCUGGUUUGAAGUCUAAGUUGAGAGGCCUUUUUAAGAACAGAAGAACUGUUUCAACACGACAAAUCACAUUGGAAAAAUUUCAGUCUCAAACUAGAGGUUUGAACAGUGUCUUGGAAGACGCCGAAGAAGAGGAUCCAGGUAUCGUUAGAACUAAAUCCCUGCCGGCAAAAGAACUUCCAAAUAACACCAUACUUCCAUCACCAGCUCUGAAUGCUGACCGUUCCAUUUCUAGGAAUUUACCACCAGAUAUGAAUUUAAUGAAGAGCCAUGCAUCGGCGUUUACCAAUGAUCAAAAGAAUAAUUUCUUACCAAUGACCCCAGAGGAGGAGUUGAUUUCACCGGGAAUGACUUCUCUCGAUUCGUAUCCUGUUCAAAGAUACAAUACUCAUACUCAGCGUGAAAUCGAUGAGUUUAGAGCAGUUGUGCGCGAGCAUGCAGAAGAUGCCCAUGUUGUCGAGAAUGAGAAUGAAACAAUGGGCUGCCUGGACAUGGGAGCCCUUGAAGCGGAUGAUGACGAUGACGAUGAAGAAGAGGAAGGAGAGGACGACGAUGAUGACGCAAGUGGUACUGGUCGGACAGGAUCUAGAUCUGAUCCUCCACGAUCAGUUUAUGCUGACGAGGGAAUCUUCCACGACAGUGACGACGAUUACGUUUACACCAUGGAGAGAAGGAUAGGUUACAGAAACCGCGCGUCUUCCACCACAAGUGCUUUGUCUAAUACUCCGUACGGCAGUGAUGAAGUGAAGUGGAAUCCACCCAUCAAGGAAAUGUCUCGCAGGCGUUACAUAAGAGACUCUCUCAGAUGUAUCAAACCGCUAUCCGAGGGACACAGAUGGAUUGGUAAAGUAGUAGUGCAUCCUACCAGGCCACCGCUCUUUGAAACAAACAACCCACCAAUAACUGUUGGAGUAACUCUGCCAGAUACAAGAUUAAGCAGAGGGAGAUACACUCCUUCACAAGACUAUUUUUACGGAGAAGUUGAAUACAAACAGACUAAGAAUCAUUAUCUCAAGGUGCUUAUUGCUGGACCUGCUGGUUUUUAA